AUGCUAAAUUCAGGGAUUAAUUUAAUUCAAUUAACACCAUUCAAAUUAAUGUAUGGUCGUUCCUAUCGACUCCUAUUCGAUUUAUCUGAACCAUUAACAUCAGUCGUUCAACCACAACAAUACCUUUCCAAAUUACACCAAUAUUUAGUACAAGCGAAGCAGAUGGUUCGGGAUAAUAUCCAACAUCAACAACAUCAAAUGAAAAUGCGAUAUGACCAGAAUCGAGUGCAAUAUCGAAAUACAAUAUCGGUGAUUGGGUUUAUAUUUGGAAUCGUGGAAUAA